AUGCUUGGUACACCUCUCCCCGGUGGAAUUUUCCCGCCGCCCAACUUUGCGAUAAAACCUAUCAGCCCCGCCGCAGUAGAACUGCUGAAAAAUUCUGAUCAAAAAAUUUGGAAGGCUGGCUUGGAGGGCGAUGAGCACGAACUGGAUGUUGUAUUUGGAGAGGUUAGGCAGGAGGAGUUUUUCGGACCCGGCAUCAAACCGGAAAUGAUCGACGCAUGUAGCAAGUCCAUAUUCAUCCCGAGGCCAGUGAGAACUACCAAAAGUGAUUCAGUGAACGAUGGAGACGAGGGCGCAGUGACCCUGAAGAAGGGCGGUACCGGGCCCUUUCAAGGUGCACUGAUGAGCAGGAAGCCGCAGCUUCGCGGAAUACGAAAUGCACGCUUCAGGGAGUAUUUAAACAAGUACUUCCCGCGGGACAAUGUCAUAAUGCAGCCGAUGCAGCAUAUCAUAGAAGGUAUCUGGAGGGAGAAAUUUGGACCUUUAGUUCGAGUUUCCACCAACCUUAUAUCUGAUUCAGCCAUGUAGAUAGCUUGCAUCCAAGCACAGAAGCUUACUGGAAUUACAUACUAGGCAGUCCAUGUUAGUUUGUGCGGACUUUGCAGGAAGAUUCAAUUUCAGUGCAGAGAUUGCCCUGCGAAAACACUGUUUACUCCGAGACAGAAAACUACAAACAGUUUGUAGUAUUGAUUACACGCUGUAUAAUACCUAAAUAUCCCAGUCACAAUAGGAAGCCAAAUUUCGAACGUUCGUCUCUCCGGCUUUCUUCAAACAGUGGCUACUUAAGUAAUCUGAAUUUUUGACAGUGACUUUCGGCGCUCUUAUAACUCUAAACAUAUUAUAUAGAAAGCAGGAUUAAGGAUAGGUUGUGUAACCCAACUGCAUUUAAUAUGUAUGACUAACCUUGCUUGGCGGUAUUUUACCAUCCUAGGGUUUAUAUCUUCGCUUAUUUCAUCCGCUUUCGUCAGAAAAUCAAGCUGUGGUUGUUUGAAUGUUUUGCGACCUGGAGCCGUUGGUCCGUAUUUUGGAAGAAAAAAAUAAGCAUUAUUACUAACUCUGCUCAUUAAUGCAUCUCAUUAUUGUACGUAACCACUUCAUAUAUACUUUAUUUUCCUAAAUUUUUUUAUAUCAGAUUACUAGGUUGCUUAAUUAUGCAGACAAAAACAUGCGAUCAUGAUUAAGCAUUUAUCACGGUGUAUUUCCAUAGCUCCUCUAACAUUCAUAUGCAUCACGUAGCCUCGCAGUAAAUUUCCACAGUCGCACUAUUUGGCACUUACUGUUCUUCUUCCCUACUGGUUGUUCGUUCUAUGGCUUCCCAACCUGCUUCAAAUUUGCAAGCGGGGGUUUAUUCAAGCACUUUAUUUAUUGAAAGUUCCUUUUUGUUCAUUUUCCAAUCAAGGCACUUAAUUCCGUUGCUAUAUCUAAGCCUAGGAGAAGAAUUUGAACGGAAACAUCUUUAUUUUUUACGUUCUAUCGCAUUUAAUUCAUUCCCCCUCUGUGGUAAUGCUACACCCCUAAAACCCCUAUUACUACCAUUUCCGUAUUACACGGGCCUGGAAGUGCUGGUUGCGCGGUGGAGUUACACAACCUACCAUUGCCAAAGCAGGCUCUCGAGUAUCGUCCCCUAAACUCGUUUUAUAGCAAAACACGUCUUAUCAAAGUUUCGUACUGGAAUGAAUUAUAGUGUUCAUAAUUAAAUCAGCUUUUCAGUCUCUGUAGGUUUUUGCACUCUACUUCAGUUGCACAUUUUCCAUUUAAAAAAAUAAACCAUUCUUCUGUAUUUUAUGGGGCUCGUAGCACUUUCCAGUGGACAAGACACGACUUGCACAACUCUCUGUUUUCAGCUACUAUUGUCGAACGAAAGAUUUUUCGAAAUCCAGACAGAAAACAGUCUUCUCAAAAGUAACCGACUGUCACGUAAUUUGCCAAAAUGAUCCAUUUUUUCGGUAAGCGAAAUCUCUAGCCUUCAAAAUCCAUAUCAAAUCGGCUUGGAAGGACUAAAACUACAAAGGGUAACUGAGUACUCCAGUUUUAGUGUCGAUGAUCAAAACGACAACUUUUUGAGGAUAAAAAUGCCUUGAUUGCAUUGUUUUGCCCGUGCUUCAGCUUUAGAAGAGGUAGAAAGGUUGAAGGAACCACAGCUUAACACGAACCACUGAUAUUUCUUUUUUCGAUUUAGUUUGAAUUUUAAUCACGCAGAGUACUCUUUAAGUCUUGUAGCUGUUAUAAAAAUUAACAAAUCCCAUUGUGCAAAUGUAGGAGCCAUACGACAAAAGGUACAUGGAAGUUCAACUUACUAAAUUUUACUCUUGUUUUAUCGUCGCACCUCAAUAUGACUAUUUCUCGGGCAUUUUCUCAAACGUUCCGGGUACACUCUAGUGUUGAGGAAUUAGAAUGGCUUAAAUUUCGUUUGUUGUUUUGAUAUUGAUUUCAUACAAGUAAUGAGGUUCGUUGAGUAACCGAUUAUUUCAAGAGGGUUUCAUAUAAAAAUCCGCUGGGGUAAGUUCAGGUAAAAGUGUUGGCCUGGGAAAUGGACCACCUCUAUCUGCUCAUUUAAAUGAGAAUGUACUAUUUACAAACUAGCUGAAACUUAAUACAUAAUGACAGGGUUUUCCAGUAUGCUGGUCAAAAAUGUUAAUUGGAAGUUUCAGCCUCUGCAACUCGAGAAUCAUAAACCGUCGGCAACCGAUCCAGUUACCUUUAAAAGUGUUCAUUCAGUCACUCGCUGAAUAAAUUUCUGCGCGAAGAAUCUGUUUAUCAUGAGCUACUAAAUGUCUUCUAGCGGCCGUUAUUGAUUUAAUCUUGGGAAGUCGAAGUAAGCAGUUAAUUUUUUUCUUUUAAAUUUGGCAUCCGAUGAAUCAACGGCUAUGAGAUCAAAUAAGAAAAAGAUAAAAAAUGGGAAGUGGGAAAUUUACACAAAUAAAAUUCUGCUAUUAAGGACUUUGAGGGUUGAAGUUUGAUAAGGCUUAAACAGUUCAUACCCCAAGAGUCAUAAUACCCGCAUCAUGGCUCUGCUAACAUCUCGAGGUUUGAUCCUUUUAUCUCCUUACCUUACCUUACGUUCCACACUCUGCCGUCAAUGUCCAAAUUAGCUUUUGAUUCGUCUCUCACCGAAGCCAGCUGUUUUACUCUUAGCCCUGAGGUAUUUUGCGGAUUUUGCUGUCAUUACCAGCAUCAAAUCCCGUAGAAUAAACAACAAAAUCAACGUCAUCAUCAUCAUUCUCACGUUAGUAGCAGAACCUUAAAUCCCGACUGUGAAUUGACUAGGCGUUCCUCCUUCCUUCCCUCCCUCCUCCCGGCAAGUCAGAGUAUGCCAGGGAAAAAGUAGCAAACGUACACUUUUGUGGUUUCUAGACACCUACCGAACCUGGGCCCGACACUUUCUACCCUGCCUAAGCAAUUGAUAUGAGCCUGACGGUCAGUGCCAACUAGUCGUUACAGUUACAAAUGUAACUGACGUCGGAUGAAGCAACAAAUAUGUAGGGCUAUAACCUACUCAAAUAGAUAUAGUAGAUAUUUCAUAUUGAUUCAACUGUGAAAAACUCUGCGCCUCGGUAGUAGAUAUUAUUUCUAGGCGACGGAUAUUUGGGUGUCCUCUCCCGAUUGUUGCACAAAUUACAAAAGCUUGCCUUUUUAGUCCACUACAGAAGGUCUACGGCCUGGGUAACUAAAUAAAAGUGAUCAGAUAUAUCCAGUCCAACCUGACGACACACCAUUCUGUCAUGAAGGUAACCGGUAGUCCACAUUCGCAAGUUCAUUAAGGAUAGGCAAGUAAGCCCCGUAGGAACAAGUUUAUGGAAAGUGAACAAUGUUACCUUUCGAGGAAACAUAAAUCAAUUAAAACUGCAUUUCAUUUUUCGAGAAGGAGGACAAAGCUAAUGGUGCGCAGUAGAACUUAAUUCCCCUAAUUACUUACGAGCCACCAAAACACAACGAAGCUCUCGUAUUCCAUCUUGCAUUUGCGGUAACUCGAUACAACCCUCAUCUCAUAUCACCUCGUGUGGGGUGGCGUGUCAACAAGAACACUUUCGCCAUUUAUCCUUUCUAUCCUACUCAAAGGCAUUACAGAGGGUCCAUGCCAGCGCGUAGAUGGAGAGGAGGCCCACCAGAUGAUCGACAGUCAGAAACCACCCAGCCCCACCCACUUGUCGAUCAAGGAGAAGUACAUGCAGUCAGCCAGCUUGAGCCUGCUUUCCAACGGCCAUGGUGAGGAGUCGGACAGGGCUGACGUGGGGGUCAUGACUCGUAUCCCGUCAGGCGGACGAAAACUCCUGCUAAAGAAAGAAUGUAAGUUUAACUCCAUUAUCAUUAUUGCGUUUUCGGAUUAUAAGAUCUACCGUCCGAAAGCGACCCCGUUUGCGGUUUUGUAAACAUAUUGUUUAGCUACUGGAGUAAGUGAAGAUUGGAUCUUUAGGGGAAAAUCAAAAUUUCGUUGUCCAUCCUGAAGUUCGGUCAAACCGUCUGUGCUGAUUGCACACGCGCUUGGCCUGCACCUCCCUCCCCAGCACUUCGUCUCAAUACUCCUCCAAAGGAAAUUUCUGUUUGCAGAGUGGGUGCAGACGUCCAUUCCUGUGCAUUUAUGGUUUUGGAAAACGACCCCGACAACAGAAACACACAAAAAGUGCGCACGUAUGUUGAAAUCGCAUGCGCAGUCUUUAGUCAGAUAGCUUGUUGAACGCACUCCGUUUCACUAAAGUCUGAGGAAUUCCCUCUGGUCGGUUGCUUGGAUACCCUGGAAGGGGAAGGCAACAUUCACAACGCUUCCGAUUUUAUGCAAACUUUGUGACUGAACUGAAGAAAUAUGCAAAACUCCUUCAGCAAAUAUGUCUUGUUCAAUCUUUGCAGUUUAAGAGUGGAGAAGUGCUCUCAAACACGCCAUCCGAACGAUAAUAUUGCGUGGAAAGAAAUUCCAGCCCUGGCGGAAUGACGAAAUACCACAAAUAUCUGUCUGCGACUUCUGGCGUUUAAGAAACUCUGCUUGAACAUAACAAUUUCUUACUUUUUUAGUGUUAAGAACGCAUCAGGGUGUAUCUGCAGACGGUCGCGUGCGUAACCAGUUGACAACCUAAAUCUAACCGUGCUUCGCUGGCCAAGUCAUGCUUCGUAAAAUUGCAAUACAGUAAGUGGGCUUACUCAUGAAAUGUCGACAGAAAUUCCGAAAUGUGUUUUCGAUUCGAAAAGAUUAAUUAAGUAGGGUUGUAAAAUUAGUCAGACUGCACCAUAAUUCUAUGAUAUUUCACUUACGCCAGCAUGCCGGCUUCGAAUGAACUUCCCUAUGGCUGAACGCAAAAACGACACUCUGUAAAAAAUGGCUACAUAAAUAUCAUGAAUUUGUCUCGAUGGUUUUCGAUGCCCCUAAAAGUCCAAUUAUGUUUCAUGGAAAACAUGCAUGAAAAUAUUCAUUCUUUUGCUCAUUCAGUAGAAUAUUACGUCUCCUUCCAAUUUUAUACUCAAAGGAUGGGUAUAAUUCGGUUUCGAAAAAGUUUCUAAUUGUGAGUUUUUUAAAAUCGUGAAAUGGCCAUUCAUAAAAUUAUUCGGGAAUUUGAAAAAUUUUUGAACCCCGAAAUAUGCACCUUCGAGUGUAAAAUUACACGAAUACGUAAUUUUCUACUGAAUGAGCAAAAGAAUAACUAUUUUUGUGCAUGUCUUCCAUGAAAUAUAAUUCAAUCUUUAAGGACAUCGAAAAUUAAUGAAAAAAUGCAUGCUACUUAAGUAGUCAUCUUUACGGAGUAUGGUUUUUCGAUGCAGCCAAAAACAAGUUUGCUGGAAAGCCGGCGUCAUAGGGUAACGAAAUUAUUAUAGAAUUAUGCUGCAUGAUGUUUGAUUUUAAAACCCUACUUAAUUAAUCUUUUCAAAACGGAAACGCAUUUCGGAAUUUCGGUUGACAUUUCAUGAGUUAGCCCACCUACUUUAUAAAUGUCCCUUGGGGGUCUGCCUGAUAAGAUUGAGUUAAUUCGAAAAAGAAGGCUGCGUCAUUUUAAGUCACAUUAUUUAGGAAAUAAGGCCUUCGCCAUUGAGCCCCCUAUUCAUAUCAAAAAUUGAAAUUGACGCAAAUGAGGUGAGAGAGGGUUCGAACCACAGCCUUCUGUCCGGGAGAUUUUCCGGAAGAGAUGCGGGAGACGGGUUGAACUAUUUCUGACUAAUUUUUUCUUGCCACACCGCAAGCUCAGUCGCGGAAGGCCUGGAGUUCGGAACAGAAGUCAGUUGAUUUAGUCCAACCGAGGCACGGGCCUGUUGCAAUCUACUCAGCGCGUGGCCAGUUGAGGGCCUUCACAGGGCCUUAACUGUCGCUUUAGACCAACUGAACCCUGUUUAGGAUUCCACAUCUGUCCUGAUUGAGGCUCCAGUAUGACGAGCAGUAAAUCUGAAAUAGUUACUCACGUGUAAUUCUCUUUUCCGAGUUGUUAAGAUUCUUAUGGAAAAAUCCAGAGGACCAGUUGGCGCAUAUAAGCUUGCUGUCGAUAUAUUUCCACUGGAACAGCACAUCCACGUGGGAAAUGGACGCAUGUAAAACAUGUUGACGACGAGGGAAAUCGAUUGCAGGGUGUCCUUUUAUGCCCCCCACCCCAAUAUUCCCACAUCCCACUUGUGUGAAGAAAACGAAUUAUAAUUGAUUUCUCUUAGCACUCACAUGCUUUAUUUGUACUCCGCUCCCAUUUAAAUGCACCGGCCCCAUGUGAAUUUAUCGAAACCACAAGUAUUCUCACAAACUGGUCUUCUGAAUAACCUUUUUGCUCGCCGUUCUACAACUACCAUUAAGGUUCCUAGCCUAGUUUCUAAGACGAAUGAGGAGGAGCACAUUCCAUUUCGCAGUCAGGCCACGCCAGCUGGAGUCAUCCGAAAGUGCCCUCACAGUUUGAAUACUCGUCAACGCGUGACAUCCUAUCGAAAUCGGUGCUAGCUCUGCACUGUUGCCCUGUGUGAUUUACCUUCAAGGGUUCGGCCCGAAUCCCCUCCUGGGCAUCGAUCUUAGCGCUGGGUGGUUUUGAUCACGGCUAAUUCUCCUAAGUUUAAGACUGUUUCAUAUAACAAGUGAUUGUGAUCCUUCUUCCAGCCCAGCUUUUGGUAAGGGUAUGGUUUAUGCCCAGGUUUUCUUCUGAUAGACGCUUCUUCGGACACUCCCGUCAGGUCGCCUGCUUAGAAGAACAGUUAAGAAAGGGAGCGAACCGACCGUUUCGAUUACAUUUGUGAUUUUCUAUCUGCUAAUCAGCAGGAAAUAGGACUUCCGACGAAGACACUCUAGGAACUAUUACUAAGAUGCACAUUAAAUGUGCAGUUCCUGUUCGACAACCAAUUCUAUAGACAAGUAGACGGCGUUGCUGUGGGCUAAUCCCUUGGACAUCUCCUAGCCGAUGUCUUCAUGGGCAAACUGGAGAGAUUCCAAACAUGCGAUCAGAUCGGUAAGCUUAAACAUUACAGUCGCUAUGUUGAUGAUAUCUUUGCAAUUGCCACUGCAGAAACCGACGUAGCUACCCUCUUAGAUGCUGCAAAUCAGGCACACCCGUUGAUCAAAUUCAUGCUGGAGAUCAAAACGGCCGGUUCGCUCCCUGUCUUAGAUGUUCUUUUAAGCAGGAAACCUGACGGGAGUGUCCGAAGAAGCGUCUAUCGAAAAAAACCUGAUCCGGACAAUACACAAACUUUGCCAGUUUCGUACCCCUCCAAUAAAAACGAAAUCUGGUCCGAUGUUUAGCAUACAGAGCCAGAAAAAUUUGCUCAACAGAUGGCAUCGAGGGGGAGCUCAGAAAAAUCCAGAACUUCCUUUGCGAAAACGGGUAUCCUGACAGGUAUCUUGCAAAGAACAUUGCCGAACGACCGAUCAAACCCGCCACACCGUCCACCGAAAAGAAAACUUUGUUCCUCAAAGUACCUUUCCAAGGGGACACUGGGAGUGAACUCCUAAGGAGACGCCUUGAUUAAGCUGUUUCGCGAACCUUCCCAACAGCAAGGGUUCAAAUAUCAUUCUCUACUAACCUUAUUUUACGCGGAGAAGGUAAGGAUAAGUUGUCACCGCAGACCACCUGAAUGUGCACCUUUUCCUUCACUUGCUUCUGUGGAGCAGGUUAUAUUGAUCGUACGAGUCGACGCUUUUCCAAGGGAAUACGGGAACAUCUCCCGGCAUGGCUGGGAAAAGGCGAAACGAGGAGCAGAAGCAGCGCCAUUCUCGCGCGUGUUGUCGAUUCCGAACAUCUUGUGGACCCCAACAAAGCUUUUCGUAUGAUUUAGAAGGUUCCAUCGAACUACCCUAAGCUACUGGGCCAGCGCCUGCUAGCGACAGCGGAAGCGGCUGCCAUUAGGUUACGAAAGCCAGUCUUAUGCACACAUGCGAACCACGUUCAAGCUCCGCGCCUACAGUGGUUGAAGGUCGACUAACGCUGCAACUCUCCUCGCCCUUCCGCUCUCAUCCCGCCCCUGACAGUGACUGCUAUAACCCACCUCCCCAAAUUCCCACACUCCGCCUGUGCUUUGCGGAGAACUUUUAUCGAUUUCUCUUAUCGCUGACAUGUUUUACUUAUGCCCCGUUCCCCUAUAACUGUACUGACCCGAUGAGAAUUUAUCGAAAGCUACGUAUGCUCGCCGCCUCGUCUUCAGAUGACACUAUUUAUUUUAUGAUAAUAACAAAUAAAUUUAGGCCCGGAUACAAACCAUAUUCUUGCCAAGCUUUUGACUAAAUCACUCUAUCACGACCGUCCAUCCCAUUCAGACGCAAAGAAGAGGAAGAAAGAUAUCGGGAUCAUGCAGUUCCAACAGGCAAUGGGGGAGGCAGAAACCAGGGCAGAGGAGGAAGAGGAGGUAGAUGAGGUUAACCCAGACCGUUAUGACUGCCUGCCGCCACCAACCCCACAACGCCGAGUCAUCACAGUGCGUCAGCGGGGACGAAGAAAUACUGUCAACAAAAAUUGCGAAUACUACAAGCAGGUAAUGGAGAACUUUUCAAAGCGUCGGAAGCGAAAACGAGAGCAGCGCCGAGAGACCCUGAUUAGGUUGGCCAACCUCUACUCUAGCCUCAGCGAGGAGGUGUGUAGUGUUGUCAGUGAGAAUCCCACCCCCAGCUACGCACUGGCCUCCCUGCGACAGCAUCAACAGGAUCCCAGGCACCGAUCCAGCAGCGCCGCUGUGUUGGACAGGUCAGUCCUGCAGGCCAGCCCCGUUGGUCGCCUGCCUCGAGCCAGAUCAGAGAACGCGGACGAGGCGGUCUCCAAAAUCCUCUCCCAGGCGGAGCUGGAGGACUACUUUGUCCUGCUGCAGAGCGGCGCACCAAACGUCCCUCGGGGCAACACUGAGUCCCGGAGUCUGAGCUGUUCUCGACAGUCAAGUUGCAGCCAACUGUAUGGCGUCAACUUGCAGAACAUGGGCCGAGCGUCGUCAGUACUCGCACCAUCGCCUCAGCUGCUGCCGCCGCCGCCCGUUGGCACCUCCGUAAUGAAGGCGGGUGAUGGAGAGAACGCCGGGGUUGAUAGCGAUGCCGGUGGAACUUUUAAAUGCCCUCCGGGGAUGGAGAACCUGUGUAUGUCGUUGGCGGAGGAUCUAGGCCACGCUCAGGCUUGUCUCGUAUGUGCACUACUGGUGAGUUUGAUUCAGGAGCGUUUUUUACUAUUCGCUAUCACUUGAAGACAAGGUUGAUGGACCAGAGAACUAGACAUCGGAGAUUGAUUGGAGCUCAUACGCAGCCGGAGAGCGUGUGCAGUUGGGUGGAUGGACCCGAGCCUGGUAUCGCUCCCGGUUCCUAGUAGCGUGCUGUUAACUUUCGGCUUCUUAAGAGAAGUAGAGCAGGAAACCUUUUGUGAUUCAGUUCCACCAAUCUCACGUCAUCUACCUCCUGGUCUGAAGACACUGUCUUAUCUACAGUCGCCUAAUGACUGCUGCUAGCGUUUAUGAACUACGAGAGAAUCUGCGCAGCUACUUUUUAAGGUGAUACCAGGCUUCCAACCCUUUAGUCGUGAAUCGAAGCCAGUGCAGAGUUUAAUGUCCUUUCACGCUUUAGUUAUGGGUGACUAGACUUCGGUAGGCCUUCGAAAGAAGUCUAUCCAUAUGUCAUUUAUAUUUUGGCAGAUUUUGAAUAAUUCAUAUUGACCCAACUGUGAAAAACUCGGCGCCUCGGUGGGAUUCGAACCCACGCAGUAAGGGGGAAGGCUUUAGUACAGCCAACGCUCUAACCACCUGAGCUACGAGGCCCCGCCGGACGACGCGAGUUUUAUCACACUGUAUCAGAUUUGGUGGAUUCCAGACGUUGCAGUAGGUUGGGCGGGUAACUUGACCCAAGUGUGAUAAAACUCGCGUCUUCCGGCGGGGCCUCGUAGCUCAGGUGGUUAGAGCGUUGGCUGUACUAAAGCCUUCCCCCCUUACUGCGUGGGUUCGAAUCCCACCGAGGCGCCGAGUUUUUCACAGUUGGGUCAAUAUGAACUAUCCAUAAGUGUCUAUCGGUUUCCUCUGCGAUGGCGACCCUCGCGCCUACAGUUUUACUGUAUCGCUGACACCUGUGAGUCUUACUCGUUCUAGGACCAGGAUAUAAUAAUAAUUGAGAGUUAAAUACUAAGUAAGUGUGACUGGGUUAGCAGGAACCAGGAUUGGACAAACUUCACUUUCAAUUCUCUGCCAUUAAAAAACGUUUAAAAAUCUCUUCAGUUAUUGAGACUCAUCGACGGAUAAAUCCCCUUCCCAUCUUAUUUAAAGAAACCGCACUUGUUGAAAGUGGGGGCUAUAGGUCAAGCUAUGUGUUAAAACGCCUAAAUAUUGACCGGGGUCUUUAAAAAAUGCCUCGGUUUAAAAGAAUUCCGCAACCGAUGUUACAACAGUACACAUUAGAAGGAAUGUUUUCAACCAAGAAUAUUCUCUCAUUUGUGAGAAAUAAUAGGUAUCUAAGAGUUUCAGCCUUUCACAUGUAUUAAAUCAAAUUGAGAGAAGUUACUUUAUACUCCCUAUUCCACAACCCACCCUUUCUAGGCGGCUGAGUUAUUUUUGCUGAAUGAUGCCUAAAUCAUUGGCCGAAGCUAUUAGUUGCCUAAAUGAGGACGUAAGCAAGAAGGAAGUAAUUCACUCGGACAUUCAACAGGAUGGGAUGGGAUAGAUCGCAGAAUAAAGAUAGUAGUCGAACUCGAAUACUUACCUUUUUGGUUUCGUUAUUUCAUAGCGAUUAUCCUAUGGCAGUUUUUUAGACAUUACCGAGCUUCUGUUAGAAGAAUUACUUGUCCUGCCUCUCACAAAAUGGCUGUCCUCGCCGGUCCGAGAUCACUACUCGUCGGGCAGAGGCGAAUUUUUAUGAGAAAACAUGAAAUUUGUCUUCUUUCGGUGCUGAUUGAUGAGACCAGCGACCGCCAGGGCCCUCCGGUGGUACCACUCCUCUGAAUACACACUUAUACGGGAGUGGGUUUAGUUGACAUUCCUACACUUUAGAAAACGCACACAUAAACCCUGAUCUCUCAUGGAUUCUUUUGAUUAUAUUUCAUUCGCAUCUUACCUCUUUCUCUCUGUCUGGAACUUUGGACGACAUCUGAGAGACUAGCGACCACCAGAAACUGUAAUUGGGAGGGACGACCAGUUUGACUGUGAAAAAACUAGGUGAAACCAUGAGCAGUCAAAUGUAUCUGAUGUCGACUCGAGCUUCAACUACCAUCUGAUCAUUUUUGGAAUCACACCACAGCCCUUCCACAGGCGUACAAAAUUGAAGUCAUUUCGAAAAUUCUUCCGGUUAUUUGACAGGUCUGCGAAGCUUUUAUGGCCAAACAGUCUGGGGAAGCCUUACUUCCCCAUGUUCAUCUACUGGCUAGUCGUCAGAUUGCAGGGUCUGCUGGCCUUCAUAGAAAACUGUCCUAUUAUGUUUCAUGUGCGGAUGUAUCCGGGUAGACCUUAGUUAGACUAACAGACAGGUCACGCCUUUCGUGGGGUUCCGUGAUCCUGGCUCCAUAAAUUUUCCCAUUUAUGAGAAGGGUUUACACUGCCGACCGACAGUCGCAAUGACGUAAAAAAAUCAAACGAAACUGCUCAGUACGCUUCUAAGCGGUAUCAUGCCCAUUGGUAGUAUGAUGACUUCUUGCUGAACGGUUUUCCAAAUAUUUAUGCAGUCUGAGCUUGGAUGCAAAGGGCUGCUUAAGCGAUAUGUAUUGUUGCACUCUUUUCCGAUGACUGCCUAUAUGUUAAUUUAUGUUUAGUAGAAGAGCCAAAGACAGGUUGUUUCUUAAAUAUACACGUACUAGUUGCUUUUCAAGCGUCAAAAUACUCCAUUAUAAAGUUUGCGGAAGAUGUGAUUUCUAGAAAACGCGGACAAAAGGGUAACUUUAGCAUAUCUGAGCGUGAUCUUCUUAAAUGUAGGGUAAUGUAUCCUCGGAAUUUUCCGCUCUUCUGAUAUAAAUUCAGUAUUUUUAAACAACGCAACAUUAUCUUUGAAAGUCCUUUUAUGAUUUCCACCACCACAAAGUUGUUCUUCACUAGUAUAGGUAUUGGGUUCACGCACUGGUGCCGAUUUGUGAGUGAUUGGUAGAAAUUCACAGAUUUCGACAUCCUUCAUCAGUCAGGCCACCUACUGUAUCUGCAUUCCAUAUGCAAGCGUCCCCAUGAGAAUAGAAGAAAUAGACAGUUGGAAAAUAAUGCCCCCGAGUGAACUUUUAAAUCAGUAAUUAGAAUACUAGGUAGUACACCUGUUUGUCUGCAAAAGAAAACCCUCCCCUCAGCAUCUAUGACAACUCGUAGCAGGGCCAAACAUUGAGUCCGAAUGAAUUUUGUGAUAGGGGUUUCCAACUUUGUUCCCACUUCCCAGCUCACACAACCUGCUCCUUCGGCCAAAUUUCUAGCCGGACCUGGUUGAAUCCAACAAAAUCGGCUACCUAAUGCCGGCCAAUCCCUUCGCACCGGUUCAACGCCUGCGCUCCAUUCAGGCUGUGGCACUGAACCAGGACUUUGUGAAGCACUUUCAGCGACCCACCUCCAAACAGGAGGCCUAUCCACGCGCGGCUGGCGGCCCCCUGUCACUCUUCGUGCUGCCUCGGUGGGAGCAGAGGUACCUGGGCCUGCGUCCAGACAGGGACCGCGAGAAGGUGGUCAUUGCAUGCAGGCGACCGCCGGAGGAUGUGCGUCUAUGGUUGCCCAGUGGGAUGCUGUGA